GAUCCAAGAACCACAGUACAAACUCUUUGCAUUUAGUGCCAUCACUUCAUAUUGCAAGGUUGGAGCCUCUUUUUUGCAAAGUUCAUGUUCUCCCAUACACCAUUCUUGUUGAUCCAAGAUACCCUUUAGUGCAUUUUGUUAUUCGCAUCCACCAAUCCAAAAGAUCCAUCCACACUUUAAUAUAUUGUACCGGGUGCUCUUUUGCUUGUACCUUACCUCAAGCUCUUUUUUUUUGAAUGACCGAUAAAUCCCUUUUUGAUGAACGAAAAGUCUGUGAGACCCAGCGACGCACGGUUCGAAAUCUGUAGAUAAUGGGUCUGUCAUUCUAUCCUUCUCCACUUAAAUAUCAGGCUUUUGUCUAUGAUAGGGUUCUAACUUAGCCCAACUAUUAGACUUAGAUCCUAAAAUUUUAGAAGCAUCCACCUAAUUGGAAAAAAAAAAAAAAAAAAACAGAAAGAGAAGAAGUCUCCUUACCUAAGUUUUUGUUAUUUUUGACUAUUUUAUUCUACCUACAUCUACUAAUAACACAUGGCUUGAGUUACACCCUCUUUACCACACCGCCCCGCCCCUCCCCCUCACAACAACCUAUGCCACACACACUUCCUAUAUACACAUAGAACUAGUAUAUACUUGGAAAAAGUAGGAAAAUUUAGGGAUCAUAAGAAAUGGGAAGUUUUCAAACAAAGGACAAAAGCUAUCCAAAAGACAAAGUGGUAGAAGGGUUGAAGCAUAACGUAAGAUUUCUUCAAGCUGAGGUAAAUGAAAUAAUGUGCAUGAGGGAAUAUGAGAGCCAAGUUAAUGCACAAGAGAUGAUCAUAUUUGCAUUGAAAGAAGCAGAGUGGAAGAAGGAAAGGAAGAAGCUAAAAGAAGAAGUGAAGAAGUUGAAGAAGAAAUUGGAACAGAAAGAAGAAGAAAAGUUCAAAGGAGUAGAAAAUGAUGAGAUGUUUAGUGUAAAAGGAGAUAAAUGGCGGCAUCAAUUAGCAACAAGCUAUUUGUUGGAGCAAAUUAGGAAUGAGGAAGCUAUAAGAGAUGAGGCUAUUGAGAAGUGGAAACAACUUUAUUUUGCAAUCAAGAUGGAGCUUGAUGAUCUUAUUCAUAGGACAAAUCAAGGAGGAGGACUCUGCUGGAAAACAGAGCAAAUGGAAUUAUUGGAGAAGCUGCAUAUGGAGCUAAAAGAAAAGGAGGAAAAAAUUGCACUUCUAAAGGAGGAAAUAGCUUCAAAGGAGCAACAAGAACUCAAGAGGGAGAGGGAGAUAGACAUUAUGAGGCAAAGCUUGAAAAUCAUGAGCUACAAUAUGAAGGUAGCAAGCUUUUCUAAGAAUCUUUCAAAAAGCUUGCAUCUGUAAAAGGUAGUCAUUUUAAAGGAGAAUGAUAGUACUACUAGUUCAUUUUGUUUUCACUCUGCAUAUGAUAUCUGUAUUAGAGCCAUGGGCGGAGCCACCUUCGGCGAAGGGUGGUCAGGUGCACACCCUUCGUCGGAAAAUUACGCGGUAUACAUAAGUUAAAUGUUAGCUACAAUGAGUAUCUAUUCAAUUUUGCACACCCUUAACACAAGUAAGAAGAAAAUUUGCACACCUUCAUCAAAUUCCUGACUCCGCCACUGAUUAGAGCCUCAACUAAUUUGCAUACGGCACCACAUAAGGCCCAUUAAUAGUGGAAGCGCUCCCUAACAGAACUUUUUCCUAUCUAAAUUUAGAAUUUGAAACAUCUAAUUAAGGAUGAAGAAAUUCCAUUCAUCCCACCACAAUAUAUAGAAUUGGUGGUGGUCCUCUCAAUUGAUGCUUCUUUCAUGCUAUCUCUUCUUUGUUGUUUGCGAAGUGUAUUUCUUCUUCAAAUUUUUGAGAAGGCAAUUAUUUUAGUACAAUUACUUAUUACUAGAGCAAGUUUAAGAUGUAACUUACUUUGAUUUGAAACACAAUUUGUACAAAAUACUAGUACAACUAAAUUGGAGAUAACUUAAUUCCUUCUUUAAAAGGUAUUUUC